AUGUCUCGAAUGUUGGAUGAAUCAUCCGUUGUUAAAGCACAUCAACAAUGGAUGACCAAGUAUGGAAUCACAUACAAAAAUAGUUUUGAGAUGGAGAAUCGUUUACAGGUAUUCAGAGAGAAUUUAGAAUACAUAGAGAACUUUAAUAAUGCUGGUAACAAGAGUUACACUCUUGGCUUGAAUCCAUAUUCUGAUUUAACUACCGAAGAGUUUAUGGCUUCCUAUACCGGACUCAAUAUCCCAAGCCGAGUUUCUUCCGCCAAACUAAGAUCAAAUUCAGUACUCUUCAACAUUACUGAUGAUAUUCCACCCUAUUUCGAUUGGAGAGUGAAAGGAGCGGUUACCGAUAUCAAGGCACAAGGAGACUGUGGAGGUUGUUGGGCUUUUGCAGCUGUGGCGACCAUAGAAGGUUUUUGGAAAACUGACGCUUUUAUAACUACUUACAAAAUGGUAAAAGAGAAUGAUGAAAUACAAUUACUACAAGCUGUGACACAACAACCCGUUGCAGCUAGUCUCCAUGUCGGGAAUGAAUUUAGGUCGUAUGCUGGAGGGGUUUAUACAGGAACAUGUGGACCUACGGAAAAUCAUGCCGUUGCUAUAGUUGGUUAUGGUGUAAGUGAAAAUGACCAGAAAUAUUGGUUGAUUAAGAAUUCUUGGGGUCAAGGUUGGGGAGAGAGAGGUUACAUGAGGUUGAUAAGAGAUGGUCCUUCAGGUGGACCUGAAGGUCAUUGUAGUAUUGCAAAUUAUGGUUCUUUUCCUGAUUUAGAGUAA